CUGCGUCAUUCCCCACCGAGGGGCUCAAGGAGUGACCUGAUCUUUUUUCCCAUACCUUGACUCUUGACUCUUGGACUUUUCUCCUGAGUCCAGAACAGAAUGGAGACGCGCUCUUGCCAUCGGAACCAAACAGAACUGACAGUAUAAAGUCUCGCCGGCGCCCACUUUCUGCCCCAGAGCCACCCCGUUCUUCGUACCUUCCUCUCCUUGUUGUCGUCGUAGGCCAGGCUUCGAAUCUCCAUCCUCUCCUCUCCCCCCUCCUUUCCACGGGCAUUGACCCUCUGUGAACCUCUCCACUCCUCACUCUCAUUUGCGUGGUCACAUCCCGCGAUCAUGGCGUCUCCUAUUGCUUCCGCCGCUCUGCGGGCUCGCGUCAAGCGUCCCUCGAUGCUCAAGAAGCUCACCAAGCCCCAGGAUCUCCUGCAGCACUUCCCCAAUGGCGCCUACAUCGGCUGGUCCGGCUUCACCGGCGUCGGCUACCCCAAGAAGAUGCCCACCUACUUGGCGGACCACGUCGAGCAGAACUCCCUCCAGGGUCAGCUCAAGUACAGCCUGUUUGUGGGUGCCUCCUCUGGCGCCGAGACCGAGAACCGCUGGGCCAGCUUGGACAUGAUCAACCGUCGAAGCCCCCAUCAGGUCGGCAAGGCCAUCUCCAAGGGCAUCAACGAGGGUAGAAUCCACUUCUUCGACAAGCAUCUGUCGCAGUUCCCCGUCGACCUCGUAUACGGCUUCUACACCAAGGACCGCCCAAACAAGAACCUUGAUGUCGUCGUAGUCGAGGCCACAGAGAUCAAGGAGGACGGCAGCAUUGUCCCCGGUGCCUCCAUCGGUGCCACGCCUGAGCUGGUGCAGAUGGCGGACAAGAUCAUCAUCGAGGUCAACACCUCGCUGCCCAACUUUGACGGUCUCCACGACAUCACCAUGACCGACGUGCCCCCGCGCCGCAAGCCCUACCUCAUCACCAGCGUCGAGGACCGCAUCGGAACAAACUCCAUCCCCAUUGACCCCGAGAAGGUCGUCGGCAUCAUCGAGUCCGACUAUCCCGACCAGACCGGCCCCAACACUCCCGAGGACGACGGCUCCCGCGCCAUCGCCAGACACCUGAUUGAGUACUUUGAGCACGAAGUCAAGCACGGCCGCCUGCCCAAGAACCUUCUGCCCCUGCAGUCCGGUAUCGGCAACAUCGCCAACGCCGUCGUCGGCGGCCUCAAGGACAGCAACUUCUGGAACCUCAAGGUCUGGACCGAGGUCAUCCAGGACACCUUCCUCGACCUCUUCGACACGGGCCACCUCGACUUCGCGACCGCCACCUCGGUCCGCUUCUCCCCCGAGGGCUUCAAGCGCUUCUACGACAACUGGGAAAACUACCAUGACAAGCUCCUCCUCCGCAGCCAGCAGGUCUCCAACUCCCCCGAGAUCAUCCGCCGCCUGGGCGUCAUCGCCAUGAACACGCCCGUCGAGGUCGACAUCUACGCCCACGCUAACAGCACGUGCGUCAUGGGUUCCCGCAUGCUCAACGGUCUCGGCGGUAGCGCCGACUUCCUCCGCAACGCAAAGUACAGCAUCGUCCACACCCCCUCGACGCGCCCUUCCAAGACGGACCCCCACGGCGUCAGCUGUAUCGUCCCCAUGUGCACGCACAUUGACCAGACGGAGCACGAUCUGGACGUCAUUGUCACCGAGCAAGGUCUCGCUGAUGUCCGCGGCUUGAGUCCCCGCGAGCGUGCGCGCGUCAUCAUUAAGAAGUGCGCCCACCCGGUGUACCAGCCCAUCCUCCUCGACUACUUCGAGAAGGCCGAGUUCGAGUGCCUGCGCAAGGGCAUGGGCCACGAGCCUCACCUGCUCUUCAACUCCUUUGAUCUCCACAGGGCUCUGGCCGAGGAAGGCAGCAUGCAGAAGGUCAAGAGCUUCAAAUGAACAGGCUAGCAUCGCCCGACGCCACACUCAAGGAUAAGAGCUUCAAAACAAACAUGAGCUAAAAUCGUUUAGAGCCACCUGAAAAGGCAAUGUUGGAUUUGCUUGCAUUGGUGUAUUGGUGCAUUUUGCAAGGCGGGCCUGCGAUCUCGGAGCAUACUUUGGUAGAAUACCUAGUCUUCUUUUUUUUUUGUUGAUAGAGAAAUGAUACCUCGCUGGAUAAUGGAGCAUUUACAUUAAACGCCAAGCAUUGGCAGUGGAUACCGCUUGCUGUCAAAAGUGAAGAUCAAUCUCUCAGCCUCCGAUCCCACGCAGCGCCGGCGCGCCGGAGAUAUCACUCGGCGGGAACACCCUCGGCCGCCCGACCCCCGACCCGGAACCCCGAUAGUCUCGGCCCGUACAAUCUUCCAACUCGAAGCUCAAAUCUUCAGCCCCCGGCCCUGUCAUCUCCGACUACGCUCAACAACCUCCUCCAACGCAUCAACCGCCUCCCCAGGCCCAUCCCCAUGACCGCCAAAAUCCGCGCUCACCCUCUCGGCCGCACUCCGGAACUUUCCCUCGUCGAUGACCCGCUCCACCGCGCGCCUCAACACAUCUUCGCUUGGCGCGUCGGUCGCGAGAUCGAUCCCGGCGCCGCUCCACGCCACGCGAGAACUCACGUCGGCCUUAUCCUCGCUCCGACCCGCGCAGACGAGAGGUACGCCGAAGCGCAGCGCCGCGCAGACGAGAGGUACGCCGAAGCGCAGCGCCGCGAGGACGCCGUUGUAGCCUGCGUUGGUGACCAUUACGCCUACGUGCGGGAGGAGGCGGGCGUGGGGGAUGAAGGAGGCUACGCGGGCGUUUGACGGGAGGGAGGAUGCUGGAAGGUGAGUUUCUGCGUUUGGGGUUGUGACGAUGACGAGGAGAUCUGGGCGGUGGGCGAGGGCGGCGAGGGUCGGUGUGAUGAGGUUUGCGGCGUUGGUUGCGUAGGUACCCUGCGUUACGUGGAUUACCUUCUCCCGCGGGUGCGCAAGCAUCUCAUCCCACCAUUUCGGUAGAGGUUCUAGCUCGUCUUCGUUGAAGAGCGGGAGCAGCGGCCCGACGAAUUUCACGGCUGGGUGGAGGUUCUUGCGCGGGAAUUCAAAGGCUGGCGUCGUGGGCAUGAUGUGCAGCACAUCCGAUCUCGUAGAAUCGUAGAACCCUGUCGCCGGCAAGGGAGGAAGACCGAGCUCCUUUCGGUGGGCGUUGAGCGCGGCCGUGAGUUUCGGGUAGAGAAGCCAGCUCGCGGCCGCGUGGGCGAGGGAGUUGAGCCACCGGCCGAAGAAGGUUGUCGGCGGGAGCCAUCCCGUGCCCCACGGCGGGACCUCCGGGUCGAGAGUGACGAGCGGGUUAAUCCCCAGUGUUGCGUACGGUACGCCCGUGAGAUCCCGUAGGCAGUGGGCGCCGUAAGCGCAGAGGUCUACGAGUAGGAUAUCCGCCUCGAACGCCGGCGUUCCGUCGGAGCCGUCGAGGACGGCGCGGUAGGCUGCGACUUGGUCUGGGACCCUGUCGAGGAACAGCUUGCGGAGGGUGGAGACCACGGCGGCGAGGCCCGAGGUCUCCGGGUCCGGCGCGAGGGCGGUCUCGUCGUGCGCGGCGAGCGGGGGCGGGGAGGGGAUGAAGAGGGCGCCGGUUUGCGGGAUCAUGUGGGCGUGGGAGGCGGACGUGAGCCAGGCUACGGUGUGGCCUCUGCGGGUGAGGGCGAGGGCGAUGGGUUGCAUUGGGUGGAUGUGGCCUGCGAAGGGCAUCGUUGCGAUGAGGACCUUCAUCGUAGUUUGGGUUGCUGGAGGCGAUCCGGGGGAGUGUGUGAUCGGUACGUGAGAUACCAUCCGCUCACGGCGUCUUGGCUGGAAAGAGUGAUGACGUUGUGAAUGUUGGUCACGUAUUCUUGUCCGCUACUACGAAGUGAGAUGUGAUGAUGUGAGAGUGAUGCCCCUCCCUUGCCGCACUAUGCAAUCUCACCGGGCGCGGAUGCCCUGGUCGGUUAGUGGAGGAUCGCAUGUCAAUUAAGGUUAAAUGAGACGUUGUGAUGGACGUCUCUUACCCCCUCAGUAUAGCGAUUCAAACGAGGCAGC